GCUUUUAUCUUUCUCAGGUAUGAGAAUGGCCAGGUGGGAGAUGUCCACAUCAACACGCAAGAAGUCAGGACCCACAGGGAAAUUUCACAACUGUCUUCAGUGCUGAAUGGAGCAAGGACAUCUUUUCCUUCAUGUCAAUGGGAUUAGAGGAAGAAACAACCUCUCCACAAUGCUAGCUGUCAUCUUGGUGCUCAGAAGACAAAAUAGAAAUGCAGUUUGGACAGAUGACAGAAAGAAGACCAGAAUAAGUCACAUUUUUGGAUUAAUUAAUGGAUUAUUUUCUUAUACAAAAUGAACAAAAAAACUGUCUAUCUCAAGGGAGGAAUGCAAAGAAUCCAAAGCUGCAGGCUCAGAAACAGCAUGCUGCACUGAUAUUCCACUGCUUUCUAAACAAUGACUGAACCAAGGGGUCAGAUGAAGAGUUCAAAUGCUAAAAGCAGCACUAUGAUGGAACUGCAAUCUUCUUCAUUCGACCCUGAUGUCCCAUCUUCUGGCCAGAGCAACUUCAGAAGAGUCAGCCGCACAGAGGACAGCAAUCCCUGUCCGAUCCCCGGGCUGGCAGCAGACAUCCUGCACAUGCGAGUGAAAGAAGGAAGCAAGAUCCGCAAUUUGCUGCGGUUUGCAACAGCUCGCAUGCAAGGAGAGGGGAAAGACAGCAAUGGGACAUUACUGAGACAGGUAGUCUUCACUGGUUCAGGUAGAGGAGUCACCAAGACCAUCACCUGUGUGGAGAUUCUAAAACGUAAAGUGGAAGGGCUCCACCAGGUGUCCAAGAUCUACUACAAGACAGUGAAAGACGUCUGGGAGAGUCAACAACCAGGAGCACCAGGUAUAACCAUGCAGAGGACAAUCCCUGCCAUCUGUAUCCUGCUCUCUAAAGACCCUUUGGAUCCCCAGGAGACUGGAUACCAACCCCCCGAAACCCUAAGGGUUCCCACAGAGGACACAGAGAGAGGUAGAGCUCUGAUCAGGCCAGCUCAUUGUUCCUUCUCACAGCAUGCAGCCAAGAGAGUCUGUCUGGAUGACUGGAGUGCAGGUUCUCCAUUACCGUCUCCGUGAAUAUCUAAUAAGUCACAGGAGCAAUUGAAAGUAUCCUGACUGUAAACAUUACAAGCUGGCAUGAGAUGGGCAGGCAGGACAGGAGGACUCUGCAGCGAGUGAAUAAAACAGCUUCCAGGCAUCAGUAAUAUCGAUGAGAAGCAGGUGCCUGCACAGAGCCCAAAGGAUACUAAAAGACAAUACCCCCCUCAGCAACAUCUUGUUCACCCUGCUGCUGUCUGGCAAGUAAUACAGGGCACAUCAGAGCUUAUUCUGAUGCAAAAUUACACAAAGUUGGUCACAGUCAUCAUAAAUAUAAACGCCAAGGUUUGUCAAUAGUCGUUAUUCUGUUUUCUACUUUUGGAGGAAAUGUUUGUAUGUUUUCAUAGAUCACAAGACCAGAAUGUUUUUGUUAAGGAUUUCCUUUCAUCAUAAUGCUGUUGUUUUUUACAGAUGUAACAACACUGAAAUAAAUUGACUAUGCCUUUCAUCUUUGGUGUUUUGGGCUGUGAUGAAGAGUGUAUACACACUUUAAUUUGAAUAAAAUCCCCUUAUGGAAUAGAACCAGUUUAAAACUUCUAAACCUGGAAUUUUAGAGACAAACCUUUUUUUAUUCAUACUACCACUCGUAUACUGUCAGCAGUCAGUUCAUUUUGUUGUCAUCAAGUACUUAGUGCUUGUUUAAAAUAUGUCAUCUGGCUGACCUUUUUUCUGUGUUGAAGUGAAAUGCACAGUGAAAUAGAAAAAUAAUAGUAUCAAUAAUAGUAACACCCCAAGCUUCAGGAGUACUUAAAUCCUAUUCUCUUAGUAUCACCCUGACAGAAUAUUGCCUACAGUAAAGUCAACCCUAGUCAAAAAAAUCUGAUAGGCCUCAAGCUUUUUGGACUGAGUGGUAGCCUACUUAUUAGUAUUAGUUGGUGAGGAAAGUAGGCUACAGCCCAUUUUCAUACACAGGGCAAUUGAAAGUAAUGCCAUAAUGAUAUAAAUUGGGCGUAGCAUGUUAUAGCAGCUGCAUUGUAUUUUUAAACUGAUUGGAUUUUUGUACAUAGCAUCCUUUAUAUUUACUGAACUUUUUUGUGAGAUAAAUAAUGUUUGUGUAAACAUGU